AUGGCCGCGAUGAAUGUAGGCCGGACAUGUAUCAGACAGCUCAUGAAGGAAAUUCGAUCGAUACCCAGCCGAGGAUGUAUACAGCCAAUACGGAUCCCAUCCCGUCCAUUCACCGGCACGAUACCACGAGCAUCUCCCCAACCAAACCAGCCAAACCUCAACCAGGCAUCAACACAUCAACAUAGCCAGUCAAACAACAACAACAGAUACCAGAACGCAUCACGCCAAGCCAACGCCGAAGGAAUAGAAACAGUAGUCUACUACUCGGCCUCCGUAAUCGUCGUAUUCGUCGGCCUCGCAUACGCAGCAGUCCCCCUUUACAAGCUCAUCUGCACCCAAACAGGACUAGACGGCACACCACUAACUUCCGCUGGCCAUAAAUUCGAGCCUGAAUCCAUGGUCCCUGUCGCCAACGCACGUCCCAUCCGUGUCACAUUCGACUCGUCAACAUCAGAUGCCAUGAGAUGGAAUUUUAAACCAAUAGUUAAAUCUAUAACGAUCGUGCCUGGUGAAACGGCAUUGACAUUCUUCACGGCCAAGAACCCGACCAAUGAAGAUAUUGUAGGGAUUAGCACGUACUCGGUCGUACCGCCGAAAGCGGCUCAGUACUUUAACAAGAUACAGUGCUUUUGCUUUGAGGAGCAGAAAUUGGCUGCCGGGGAAGAGGUUGAUAUGCCAGUGUUUUUCUAUAUUGAUCCAGAGUUUGUUAAUGAUCCGUGGAUGAAGGAUGUUAGUAGUAUUACAUUGUCUUACACAUUCUUCAAGUCAAAGAUGCAAUAA